AUGAAUUCUGACUCGGUAAAAUAUGACAAAAUUCCUUUUGAAGAUGCACUGGCUGAAACAGGUUACGGACUGUACAACUACCUGAUGGUAGCGCUGGCGGGUGCGAGCGGCAUCGCGUUCAUCGCGCUGGCGUACGGCAGCAGCAUCAUCGUCCCCACCAGCGCCUGCGAGCUGGCCACCAGCGGCGCGCAGCAGGGGUUGCAGAUGGCUCUGCCCAUCGGCGGAAUGGUGCUAGGGUCCCUGGUGUGGGGGUACCUGGGCGACACGCGCGGCCGCCGCGGCAUGCUGCUGGCGUCGCUGGCGCUGGGCGCCGCCAGCAACGCCGUCGCCAGCAUCUCCGUCAGCUGGGUCAUGCUGAUGCUCAUACAGUUCCUCACCGUCAUCCUGGCCUCGGGAAUAUACGUGCUAUCCAUGACGCUGCUAAGCGAGAGCAUCCCCCUCAAGAACCGGAACGUGGCCACUCUGCUCGUCGCCAGCGUGUACCUGAUCGGCCAGGGCGUCAUAUCAGGUAAAGUCACUAACAUCAAAGUUCCUUUCAUACAGGGCACAUUUAAUUAUUAUUUAUUAUAG